UUUAUUGCCACCAGAGUUAUUGUUUGGAUUUAGUAUCUGCACAAUGAAUCCACUGCUCCUGAUGGCCUUUAUUUUCUCUUUUUUAUAUACAGUAACAGAGAAAUUGAGCAGGAAUUGAGAGAGAGAAAGACCUGCAGCACUGCUUUGCUGCACCAGAAGCUUGCCCCCUGCAGGCAAAGAUGGGGGGGAUCUUUGUGCAGGGCAGAAUGCAGCACCAUCCAGUCCCAACUAACUACUCCUUCUUCCCAGCUCCACCACAGGGUGUUUUCCUGGGCACACAGGCUAGGUCUCUGCACAUGUAGUGCCACCGAGGAUGCAAGGCAAUGACAAGCAUGAGGGGAGCACACUGAGAAGAAAGCCAGUCCUGACGCUCAGUCUUAUUCCUGAGUCUGUUGGAUGCUUUUCAACUGAAAGCAGAUGAUUAAUUUGGUGCUGACCUCGUGCAGUCUUUGAACAACAGAUAAAUUAGUUUACUUGAAAAAGAAAUCUUUUCAUUUGUAUUUCCAAGUCACCUGUGAUUUUCCCUGCCUUCCACCCAUAGCCCUGCCAGCUGGCAGGAAGAAGGGCAGCAAAGCUGUUGAUAAGGGGAGUAUAAAGAGGGCUUGGUUCAUGGCAAGGGGGCAGUGGUCUACUCUGCUGGCAACAUGCUGCGCUUCCUGGUGUUUGCCUCCUUGGUCCUUUAUGGACACAGCACCCAGGACUUUCCGGAAACCAAUGCCCGGGUAGUCGGAGGGACUGAGGCUCGGAGGAAUUCCUGGCCCUCUCAGAUUUCCCUCCAGUACUUGUCUGGAGGUAACUGGUAUCACACUUGUGGAGGAACUCUCAUCAGGCAGAACUGGGUGAUGACAGCUGCUCAUUGCGUAGACAGUCAGAUGACCUUCCGUGUGGUGGUUGGAGACCACAACCUGAGCCAGAAUGACGGCACCGAGCAGUAUGUGAGCGUACAGAGGAUUGUGGUGCACCCCUACUGGAACAGCAACAACGUGGCGGCCGGCUAUGACAUCGCCCUGCUGCGCCUGGCCCAGAGUGUUACCCUCAACAGCUAUGUCCAGCUGGGUGUUCUGCCACGGGAGGGAACCAUCCUGCCUAACAACAGUCCCUGCUAUAUCACAGGCUGGGGCAGAACCAGAACCAACGGACAGCUGGCCCAGACUCUGCAGCAGGCUUACCUGCCCACUGUGGACUAUGCUAUCUGCUCCAGCUCUUCUUACUGGGGCUCCACUGUGAAGAACACCAUGGUGUGUGCUGGCGGAGAUGGAGCUCGCUCUGGAUGCCAGGGUGACUCUGGAGGCCCUCUCCAUUGCAUGGUGAAUGGCCAGUAUACCAUCCAUGGAGUGACCAGUUUUGUAUCCAGCCAGGGCUGUAAUGUCUCCAGGAAGCCCACAGUCUUCACACGGGUCUCUGCUUAUAUCUCUUGGAUUAAUAAUGUCGUUGCCUAUAACUGAACAUCUCUGUGAGGACAACUGUCUCCCCAAGAUGACUUGAGAUCUACAGUACUGACUUGAAGCCGUCAAGGAAGAAACACUCUAAGAGACCAUUAAGCCAAACACAGAAAAGCAAAUAAAAUU